ACACUACGAGCCACAGGAUCAGCCAGACUCUGAACUCCUGAGAAAUGGCCAUACAACAAUAGCGUUCAUGGUGGGAGAUGCGCUUAGUGGCCGAAUCACCAACUAUCUCAUCGACAUGUACUCGAAGGAUCAAUCGCCAGAGAUAGGCUACACGGCAAGCGGGAAACCCUUUAAGAUACAAAACACCCAGGAGCAGCCUGCAGACAAGACACACGCGAACACCGACUUCUUUGGCAGUGAGAUCGAGCUGUCACACAUCGUUACAGAAAAGGCUCUGCGGUGGGGGAUCACCAAGGCCAGGGCCUCUAGUGUGAUCUACAUGGAGAUUGUGCGAGGGGAGUUGAUUGAUGUACUGAAAGUGAUGACGGCCGAUGAGAACUUCAGCCGAUUUAUCCAACGCAUGAUGUUCUUAGACCAGGUACACGCCUCGGCACAGGAAGCAAAGGAUGCUAUAGUACAACAACUGGCCAAGGAUGCCAGAGACUGCCGUGUAUAUGGCUAUCCCGCCUCAAGCCAAAAUGAGAUCGUAGAGCAGGCAGCAGCAUAUAGUACCGCGGGAGAAGGCACUAUCACUCUGUCACCGGCCAAGUACACAAAGACUGGCUUCUUCAUGCACCGUUGUUUGGAAUCGUCAGACUCCUACUAUACAGGAUUCUUUGACUUGCAGCCACAGGGAGUGACAGACGAGAUAGUCCAGAAAUUCCGGGUGCUAUUGAGGUGCAAACCCAAAGAGUUUGACAAACAGGCCAGUCGGGCGUACUACAAACUGGAUGAGGCCUUUAGGCGGACAGAUAUUGUGCACUGGAUGACGGAGAGUGUGGGUGACAACGUUGCCGAAGGGGAAACAAGGACAUAUAGUAAGGUAAGGUAG